CAGCCGACUGGGGUACGGGCUAGGGAAGGGGGUGGGGCGCUGGUCGGAGGCAACCGGGCUUUCGCAAUAGGCUGCGGUCUGCCGCGAGACUCUCUCGGCACCCGCCAUCCGCGGAGUAGCGAGCGCGUGGCGCCCGGUGCACUGUCCGCGGUGCUGAAGGGGAAAUGCGUCUUUGCCGCAGCUCUGCCGACUGAGACGGAGCGGCGGUCGAGGGCGGGACGUGACGGAUCGCCCCACCGGAUCGGGGGGGACUGACGUAAAGACUCAGUAAGUGAGUGUGGCGCGGGGGAGGUGGGCGCAGACGCCGCUGCGAGUCAAUGGGACUACGCGUCCUGUGGACGGCAUGUGAACAGCGCGCGAAGCAUGGAGAAGACAGCCGCGCUGCUUGUGCUCAGCGCCCUCUGCGUGUCCCGGGUUCGCGCUGACGGCCUGUCAGCCCCCCUCAACGUGACGAUCCGGGCGCUGAAGGUCAACUCGGCUGUGGUCACGUGGGACAUUCUUGAGGGUGACCCGGUCAUCGGCUUCGCCAUCACCCAGCAGAAGAAGGACGUGAGGAUGUUGCGCUUCAUUCAGGAAGUGAACACCACCACUCGCUCCUGUGCGCUGUGGGACUUGGAGGAGGACACGGAGUACAUAGUCCAUGUGCAGUCCAUCAGCAUGCGUGGCACCAGCCCCCCCAGCGAGCCUGUCCUCUUCCGCACACCGAGGGAGGCAGAGAAGCUGGCAUCUAAAAGUCCAGAGGAGGUCACAAUGGAAGAAGUGGGACAGGCUGCUCAGCUGAGGGCGGGGGAGCUUAUCAUCAUCGUCGUGGUGCUCAUAAUGUGGGCAGGGGUGAUUGCUCUCUUCUGCCGCCAGUAUGACAUCAUCAAAGACAACGAGCCCAACAACAAUAAGGACAAAACCAAGAACUCCUCUGAGUGCAGCACCCCAGAGCACCCAACAGGGGGGCUGUUACGAAGCAAGGUAUAAUCCACCGCCCCCCACCCCACCUCCGCAACGCUGAAGUCCAGGGCAGUUUUCCCAGAAGCCAUCAGUGAACAUCAUUGAGGUCUGACUGCUCAUCUUCACAAAACAGACUUUCUAGAAAAACCAAGCGGCCUGAGUGCCCCUGUGCAUGCUGGGAAGAGCCAUGGGACCAGAAUGCAUCAGAUCGUUCUGCACACAGAGGCCUUCGCUGCACUGCAAUGAGAAGGGCUCCGACCUCGAGGGCCACGUCGCCGGGUCCCUAUGUUGAGGUUCACACACAAGCUACAUACCACCUGUGGUUUUUCAAGGGCUGGUGCAUCACCCAUGAAGCACCUCGACACUCUAGAUUCUGUGGACUUUGGAUGCAAGCAUCACAUUACAGGAAGAAGGUGCGUUUUUUUUUUUCCUUCUUUAACCAGGUGGCAAGCAGGACCGUUCCUCUGUGGGUGCCGGAGAAGCAUCCCACCCCUCCCCCAUUCUCUCGCUCACUAUAAUGUUGAUCAUUGGGCCGGGCUGCAGUUACAGUUUGGGUCAAGGUGCCACCUUGAAGGACAAAGUCCUUGAAUUGCUCUAAAUUUGUUGUCAUGGAUUCUGGAGCCUGGGAACAUUUAAAGUCCCAUUUUCACUUUUAGGGCACCCAGGUUUUGUGCAGAGGGAACACAGACAGUUAGACCUUUGCACUUCUCCCUUAGACACAUUUAUGAGUGCAUGUUCAAGGAGUCCAUGUGAGACUAUAUCCAGUAUGUAUUUUAUGCUGUGUAGCGUUCCAGAGUGUGACAUUUCUGGGCAUAUUGGGAGGGAUGACUUUAAUAAGCACAUAAUCAUGCAGCACUUAGCAACGUUUGUUGUACUUCAGACAUGAUCAUUUUUGUCAUGUAUACUUACUUAACUUUAAUUGCAAUCAAUUGCUCUUGUUAGUAGAAAUAACCAACUGAUGCUGGGGUCGGUUUUAAAAACAGACCCAUUUCUGAAGAUGCCUUUUUGCCCGUUUCUGUAACAGUGUCUCCCUUGUUUUCUGAGACUUGUGUUGACAGCUUCGUGUGGGUGUCCAUUCCACAGGACACUGCAGAGAGGUGUUCACUCACUGAUAUUUAAACUGAUGCAUUACAUUGAAGUAAAGGACAAAGGUUCGGGUGUGAUGGAACGGAAAGACUGCUUAUUGCCACAGUUCUAAAGAGAUGGACGCAGUGUCACGUGGCUGGGCAGAUUGUCUCUGAGCAAUAUCCUCGAGAGCAACAGCUGAGGAGUAUGAAGCGUGAUGCAGUUCGGUGCCACAGAGAUCACACCGAUAUGGUCAGAGGCGAUCUCUCUGUCUGACCAUGCACUGCAUGCGUGACCCCAGAUAACCUUUUUCUUAGCUGUUUUUAGAGAAAUGUACAUAAUAUCAUUCACUGUCUCAUUUCCAAGUGAAUGUCCAAAUGUCUCAUGUACCAAAUCUGUCAUUUAAAAAAAUGCUCUUUUUACAGAUUUUUCCCUUUUUUUUCCCCCAAUUUCUAAAAUCUUUUCCCUGACACAACAAGGCCUGAGCACGUGUCAUUUGCAGAACAGCCAUGAAAGCAGAAGGAGGACUCUCUUCUUAGCCGCGGUCCAUACAGAGAGACCAGUGAGCGCAGCUAGGGCUGGAGCUCAUGAGGUGCUGUCAGCAAUCGAGAAAUGGCCCCCAGCAGCUUGCAGCUGUGCUGAUUCACACACUGUUCACGCACUGCAUCACACUCCACUCCUUUGUGUCCUCUGUGCAUUUCAGUCACUCAUUGAAACGUGUGGCCACCUGGCUUUCAAAAAUGUGCAUUUUGAGGUUUUGUACCAUUCUGAGGCCAUUUCUUGCCCGUUUGCUUUUCUCUAACCCUCAUACACUCCGACACCUUCCUGCCACUCCUGACCAUAUUUGCACCUACAGCUCCCACUACCAUUUUGUCAUCCGGAACUGAGUAUUUCUGCUUUUAACAGCUCAUAAUUAACCUUGGCUGCCAGGGAAAUGGUAGGCAGUGACAUGAGAAAUGUGCAAUAUCAAUAUUCAGCCCAGGCAGCUUAUAUAAGCAAACAGGAGGUGGGGGUGGGAUGGCUGACUGAUGGCUUGGCGCUGCCAAACUUUUCCACUGCUCAACUCGAGCCUCCGCCCGACUCCUCCCAUCUCCCGCAGCGUCACUUCUGAAAACCAGCAUCUGAGGGAUACGGCGCCAAUGUUUCCACACAGCAUACGCACAGUAACUGGCAGUAUAGUUAAGGGCAUGGCCUUGUAACCCAAGGGUUGUUGGGUCAGGUUAUGUACUAGUCCCUGUGGUGACACCUUCCAGCCAAGUACUUGACCUGAGUUACUAUAGUAAAAUAAGCAGCUGCAUAAUAAAGUGAGAACUAGGGAAAGCAGCAACCAAGUGGUAUGAUGAUUACACGCAUGCACUUAUCAACUUGAAGCACAUUUCAUAUAAAAGAAUGAAAUCCCUACAGUCAAGUCAUAAAUGAAAUAUCUGCAGUGAAAUCACAGUUAAGUGCCCCAACUCAUGAUCAGAAGCAUACUGGUUACAGUAAUAUUUCCCAUGAGCACAUGUCAUUCUGCGCUGCUCUACGAGUAGCUCGGUAUUUACAAUCCCAGAUGUACGUCCAUCUAUGAAAAUACAAUUUGUUUGUCCCUCUCAGAAAAAAUCCGCUAAUAAACCAAAUGUAUACAUUUAGACAAAAUUGUAUAUCUUAGAGGCAUUUUUAAUCUUAGUACAACUGACAAAUAUGAAAUCUACAAGUGGACAAGUUAUGUCCACUGACCAAUUAUGUCUAGUAUCAACAUUUUUAAAAAGUGUUAAUUUGAGUAGCAGGAACCCUCCCAAGAUUACUGAAUUUUACAGUAUGUAUAUACAACUAGAAAAAUGUAACAAAUUAAGAACAAAGAACUAAAAAAUUAAUGUCUUUUAAUGCAUGUAUGCUUACCAACCAGCGAAGUGUGGUGUACUGUAUGUCCUCAGCAGGGUGCUGAGGUGCCAUCAGUGCAACCGGCUCAGCAUCCUCUCACUUCGGUGCUUUUAACGGGCACCAUUAGGUCCAGAAGCACACAGUCAGGGACCCCUCUGUAAGAGCCCUGCAUUUCAUAAAUAUUACUUAUUCCACUACCAUAACACUGAAUUUUCAUGUCCCUUUCUUUAACAUGGAAUAAUCCCACUUUAGAUUUCUGUGUAGAGAAACAUGAUUUUGGAGUGUUUCUUUUACUUUGUUCUGACAUCAGCAGUAAACAAUGUAUAGAUAGAGCAAAUGAACGUUUCUUUUUUAAUCAACUCACUUUCUAAAAAAAACGCCUCCGCUAAAACAUCCAUGCAGUGCAACAAAACUAAACAAAAGUUCUUAUUAUUUAGCAUGGCACUUUAUUACAACUAAGGAUUUCGGUGACUGAAUAAAAUAGAACUAAAAUAAUAGUAUCAAUAUUAAGCAACUGUAAAAUAAGAACUUAAUAAAAUAUAAGGAGACAAAAACAGUUUUAGUGUCAAUUCUAAGUAACUAUAAAAAAUAAAGAUUCAGUAAAAUAUACCAAAACAAGAAGCAAAAUUAGUAUCGAUUUUAAGUGUAUUUAAAAGAAAAAUUCAAUAUCUAUAUUAUAAAGUAGUGAACCUACACAAAAUGUAAGCUAUGAAUUGUAUAUUACAGUGUUCAGGUAUUAAUAGCCAGUUAAUUACAAAGAGUUUUUAAGACAGGUGUACUCACUCACCUAAAUGUCACCAUGCUGACUAUCCCCCUUCCACUAAUUCUGACCCCUGCGAGAGAGCUCCAGGUUACCCUCGGACAGCAUUCAGGAGAGAGUCACUUGCACAUGCACAGACAUAAACACGGAUACACACACACACACACACACACACACACACACACACCUAUGACUCGCAUUACAGAGGUGGCAGGAAACAGUGAAAACCCAGCUGUAGCAGCUCAGCACCUCCAUCAUUCCACUGUGACAGACAACGUGUUGUCAUGGCACACACAGCUGUGGCUGCGGGCAGAAAAACACUGACUGCAUCAGGUGUGAAAACAUCAAGAACAUCUGUCUUGAAGAUGGGAGUCUCUUUUCUCCACCUUGGGUAGAAGCUGAGGCCAUGCCGCUUGUCGUGUGACAGAGCAUCUCUGGUACCCCUCACACUGAUGAAACGGGAACCUUGAAAACCACAACUGUUUUCAGAAAUGCAUGAACUGGGGCAAAUCUUAUGUCAAUGUCCAAUUUUAAUGUAAUGUAUGAAAUUCAUAACAGCUGCUUUAAUGAGGGCUAGCAUGAUUCUGUAUCUGUACACAAAAAAAAGUUACCGUUUCCCUUUUAAGACCUGCAUACAUGUCUAAUUAUGUAUUAAAUGUAAAAUUUAAUAAAGGUAUCUAA